UGCGUUGCCGGCCUUUGAGAUGCUUUUCGUAUGCAGCGGUGCGUGGGCAUUCUUUUUCGUCUUAGGUUUGAAUCUUGGAGCCCCCACUGUUUAUAUUCCCCAGCUCAGACGUGAAUCUAACAAUACUGUAGUCAGCGAUGAAAUGGCCUCAUGGUUAUGUUCAGCAUCAGGAUUUUCUGCAAUACCCUGUUUAUUUAUAAUAACAUUUCUCACAAAAUAUUACGGUCGUAAGGUAAUAUUUAUCAUUGGUAAUAUAGAUUUAUUGAUAUCUUUAUUAAUAUUCUAUUUCAGUAAAACUCCUAUACAAAUAUUAAUCAGUCAUAUUACCAUUGGUUUUGGUUACGCUGCAUGUUUUAGUAAUAAUAUAUUAAUAGUUACCGAAUAUAUUAAUCCUAAAUAUCGCGGUGUAUUCUUAGCGGUGAAAUCGACGUCCGUCGUGUCCGGUGUCUGGGCAGCGAAUGCUAUCGGUACAUUUUUAAAUUGGAGGUACAUACCUAUUUUUGGUUUGUUGUUAACUUGUUUCGCGUUCACAUCAUUCUUUUGGCCUGAAUCACCAUAUUGGUUGGUAAAUAAAGGGCGAUUUGAUGAAUUUAAGAAAUCAUACAUUUGGUUAAACGGGACCAGUAAUAAUGUGUUAAAAGAAAUCGAUAAUUUAAUUGUUUACGAAAGACAUAAUGUUAAAUGUAAAUUAAAUUUUAAUACAAUUAAAAUGGUGGAGUUUUAUAAACCUAUUUUAAUAUCAUUUCUACUUAUGAUACAAUAUCAUUGUUCUGGGAAAUUUAUUUUUAGUAUUUACGCUUUGGAUAUUAUAAAAAAAAUAACAAACAGUGAAACAACCGCGUAUACAGGAAUGUUAAUAUUAGAUGGAAUAACUAUAUUAGGUAUGUAUACAGGGUGUUUUUUAUCUAAAAUAUUAAAAAGACGUAUUUUAUAUUUAUGGUCUUCGUUCUUUUUCCAUUUCAAUUAG